UCCUUUCAAAUAGAAAUGGCGGCUUCUUCUUCUUCUAGAACCAGAUCCAGUGGACCAGUCUUACCUGUCACGAAUGGGUUUCAGAGAUCCAUCUCCCCUUCAGGGAGGUUUUGUUCUUCGUCGACGGCAUCUUCGUCGUCUACGGCCUUUGCAUCUUCAAGCUCUAGUUUUUCUUCCCGAUCGACUGCUUUUUUCCAUAGAUCAGCCUCUCCGACUCGUGUCAACCUCUAUGGAUCCGUUCCCCCGGCUCCAUCUGUUCGGUUCUCUAUCGAUCGAUCUCCUUCUCCAGGAAGGUCGAUUGCGGUUUCCCCUCGUGAUCAGGUCGUGAAGAAAGAAAGUAAUCCUUUGUCGGCUCCGCCUCCUCAGAGGAGAACGUGUAUGUGCUCUCCUACAACUCAUCCUGGAUCCUUUCGUUGCAGUCUCCAUAAAGGGUUCAAUGGUCAAAACCACCAUCAUUCCGGAUCGUAUCCCUCGCAUCGAUUGAACGCUCGGAGAUCUGCGAUGACGAAUUCGUUGGUUCGGAUCGGUACAGUUGAGGGCGAAUGGGUUAAGAGGGCUUUGGCAGCUUUGAUCCGACCUUCUUCUCAUCAGCAGAGGAGAAGAGCGGGUUUCCAGCCAAGGCCUAGCCGGCUUUCUAUCAUGUCGAAAGCCGAGGACUUAUGAUUCGUUGAGCAGGUUCGUUUAUUAUAUUUCUUCGAUCCUCUAUAAAUCUCUUAAAAUUGCCAGUGUUUGGGCACUGGUGAUGUAAGACACCGGCAAGGUAGCUGUUUUUUGGCCCUCUGAUGGAAAGAGAGCAUGAGGUGUGGCGUGGAGCAGCAGAUCGACUUACCGUCCGGCACCGUGAAGCUUCCCCCCUUCUUUUGUACUCCCAAGGCGGAGACUAAAAUUUCCUUUAAGCAGAGACAGGACCGACCGACUUGUAUAUAUAAUAUAUGCCAAUUUGCUGGUAAUGAUGGCUAUUCAAGGACA